CUUCCCCAUCCCAGAUCCGCCCCAUCACAUAUACACAGAGCUGCACUGGCAUCCAGGGCACUGGCAGACACACAGGGUACAGGCAGCACCAGCAAGACUUUAAGAUUCUUCAUAAAUACAUCAAAGGACCCCAUAGCCCAAGAUGAGUGCGGCGCACGAGCAGGUGAACCUCAGCAGGCUGGAGGUGUGUGAUAUGAUGCGAGAGGAGCUGUACAGUGAGGAGGAAUUCCAUCAGACUCAGACGCAUAUUUUCAUUGUGGUUGGAGCAUCGGGCGAUCUGGCAAAAAAGAAGAUUUACCCUACGUUAUGGUGGCUUUACAACGACGGAUUGCUGCCACAGGAAACGUUUAUUGUAGGCUUCUCUCGUUCCAAGUUGACUGUGCAGGAUAUCCGGAAACAAAGUCAGCCAUACUUUAAGGUCACUGCAGAUGAUAAUGAGAAGCUGGAUUCGUUCUUCAAGAGGAACUCAUAUAUUUCUGGGCAAUAUUCAGAGGGUUCUUCCUUCAUGGCACUCAACAAGCACAUGGAGUCAUUGCCCAAUGGGUCAAAAGCCAACCGCCUCUUCUACCUGGCUCUGCCACCCAGCGUGUACCAUGAUGUAACCCGCAACAUUAAGGAGAACUGCAUGAGCACAGUAGGUUGGAACCGUGUGAUUGUGGAGAAACCUUUUGGUAAGGACCUAGAAAGUUCAAACCGUUUAUCUGAGCACAUCUCCUCCCUCUACCAAGAAAACCAGAUCUACAGAAUUGAUCACUAUCUUGGCAAAGAGAUGGUGCAGAACCUCAUGGUUCUCAGGUUUGGUAAUAGAAUAUUUGGUCCCCUUUGGUCUCGGGAUCACAUUGCCGCCGUCGUUUUUACAUUUAAAGAGCCAUUUGGAACACAGGGACGUGGUGGAUACUUUGAUGAAUUUGGAAUCAUUAGGGACGUGAUGCAGAACCAUUUGCUUCAGAUGUUGUGUUUGGUGGCAAUGGAGAAGCCAGUCUCAACUAAUUCUGAUGAUGUUCGAGACGAGAAGGUGAAAGUUUUGAAAUGCAUCUCGGAGCUGCCUCUCAGUAAUGUGGUGCUGGGUCAAUAUGUAGGAGAUCCCAAAGGGCAAGGGGAGGCUCAGAAAGGCUAUCUUGAUGACCCUACUGUACCAAAAGGAUCUUUAACUGCCACAUUUGCCACAGCUGUUCUGUACGUGCGGAAUGAGAGGUGGGACGGUGUCCCCUUCAUUAUGCGUUGCGGGAAGGCUUUGAAUGAGAGGAAGGCCGAGGUCCGACUCCAGUUCAGAGACGUUCCAGGAGAUAUAUUCCAGGGCCAGUGUAAGCGAAACGAGCUGGUAAUCCGAGUGCAGCCAGAUGAAGCCGUGUACACCAAAAUGAUGACCAAGAAGCCAGGAAUGUUCUUCCACCCAGAAGAGUCUGAGUUGGAUCUCACAUAUGGGAACAGAUACAAGGAUGUAAAGUUGCCGGAUGCGUAUGAGCGAUUAAUCCUGGACGUGUUCUGCGGCAGCCAGAUGCACUUUGUGCGCAGUGACGAACUGAGAGAAGCCUGGAGAAUUUUCACUCCUCUCCUACAUCAAUUGGAAAAGGAUAAAAUCAAACCCCAACCCUACGUAUAUGGCAGCCGCGGCCCCCCAGAGAGUGAUGAGCUGAUGCAGAAUGCUGGGUUCAGAUAUGAAGGCACUUACAAAUGGGUGAAUCCCCAUAAACUGUGAAACCACUUCCCACCCAACCUUUUUCAGCACACCCAGUCCUAGAACCUGAAAUGGUUUCCAGCCCACAGCUUUGGCAUAACCUGGGGACCAACCCACGUCUUACGUCGUUAGGGACUCCUGAUGUUUGCCGCUUAGUGCUUUUUUCAUUAUCUCAUCAUUUCUACAGAGCUAUUUUUUUUAAUUCCCAUAUUCUCCUGUUUUCAGUGACCCUGGGUGUGUGUUGGUUAAGCAGUACGGUUCUGUAAGACCCUAUGUUGCACUGGAAGUUUCGUUUGAGCGCACAACAGUUUUCAAAGUUUGUGGUCUUGUGGAACAGCUGCGUAUUCCAAAUUGAAAUGAGCAUCUUUUGAUGCCGACUUGUGUGUUAUAAAGAUUAAAAAAGUAAUAUGCUUAAAGGGAUAAUAAACCCAAUUUUUUUUCUUUAAUGAUUCAGAUAGAGCAUGCAAUUUUUAAGGAACUUUCUAAGUUACUCCUAUUAUCAAAUUUUCUUCAUUCUCUUGCUAUCUUUAUUUGAAAAACAAGAAUAUAAGCUUAGUAGCCGGCCCAUUUUUGGUUCAAAACCUGGGUUGCGCUUGCUGAUUGGUGGCUAAAUGAAGCCACCAAUCAGCAAGCGCUAUCCAGGGGGCUGAAGCAAAGCUUAGAUUCCUGCUUUUUCAAAUAUAGAUAGCAAGAGCAUGAAGAAAAAAUGAUAAUAAGAGUAAAUUAUAAAGUUGUUUAAUAUUGCUGCUUUGAGUAAUUAAAGAGAAAAUGUGAGUCUAGUAUCCCUUUAAGUGCAUUAGUCAUAAUUAAAAUAAAUAUUGAUUUAAAUGAUUAGUUUAAAUGAAGAGGAAACCGCGUUUUCUUUCAUGAUUUAGAUAGAACAUUCAAUUUCAAACCACUUUCCAAUUUUACUUCUGUUAUCAAAUUUGCUUCAUUCUCUUGUUAUCCUUUGCUGAAGGAAGAACUUUGCACUACUGGCAGCUAGCUGAACACAUCUAGUUAGCCAAUCAAAAGGCAUAAAUGUGUGUAGGCACCAAUCAACAGGAAGCUCCCACUGGUGUGGGAUAAGUGCAUAUACUUUUUCAACAAGGGAUACAAAAAGAACAAAGCACAUUUGAAAAUAAAAAUGAAUUUAAAAGUGUCUUAAAAUUAAAUUCUCUAUCUGAAUCAUGCCAGUUUAAUUUUGACUUUCCUAUUCAUUUAAAUAUUAGUUUAUUAGACUAACAAUAGCAAUUGCUAUCAUAUAUAAUAUCUGUCAAUGUAUCAAUGUUUUAAUUUUAGUAUUCUUUGAAAACUCUUAUAAAUCAAUAUUCAUUUUUAAUUCACAUGUAUCACCUUUGUGUAGACAUUUAUAGAUAUUGUAUUUUUUUUUUUUGGGGGGGGGGGGAUAUAUUUUACUUUGCAGUUUGGGUUAAAUAAAUACACCCAUCUAGUUUUUCUUUUUCUACAUCUUGUUCUGAAGAAUUAAAAUAUAACUUUUUUUAUUUUCUAAUUAAAAAAAGAAAUUGAUAUGACUAAGUAUAUUACUGGUGUAUAACAAUUUUGUAGUUUUACAUAUUAUUAUAGGGCAGUUGACUCAGACUUCCAAUGUCAGAUCCGUAUAUAUCUUUGCAUGCUUAAACAGGUCCAAAUUACACAUAACUCUGCAAGUUUGCAUGUGCUUAACAGCGUUAUAGAAUGUUAUAGCACGUUCGUAUUAACCAUAAAUUCUGAGUGGAUAAUAUAGAUUUUGCAAAUUUAUAUAACAAUAUACUCUCCUGUUAGCUAGAUUUAGUACAAGUAAUGUGGGAUUUUUUUUCUCUUAUAUUUCCAACGCGUUUCUUUCCGUAGACGGUUUAGCUGCAAUCUGCUCAGUUAUUCAGUACUGAGCUGACUCCAAGACCAUUAUUUGGUAUAAUCAUUUAAUCUCAUGGAAUAGCACAAGUUUAUUAAAAUCAUCCAUUUACUUCUUGUUUAUUCAACAAAAUUCCUCUUUUCCCCCCCUUUCUUUGACCUUUUAUAUACCAAUAAAUCCUUCUGCUACAGAUAGAUCAUUAUAGUUGCUCCAUUUAGAAGUGGGGCUUAAACCUUUAUGGGUCCCUGAAAUUGCUGUGUGGGGUGUAUAAAAAAUGUUAAAUGUUUUUGAGCUUUAUUAGAUGUAUUUUGAUAUUAUUUAGAUAUUAAAUACUUUACUGCACAUGAG